AUGACCUCCAAUCCCAACGUCAGAAUCACUGGAACGGCUGAAAGAAAGACAUCAGCAAGUACACACGCCAGUUCGAGACCCCGCGUCCCCUCGUCGAUUGUAGGCGGGGAGCAGUCCAGAAAACAGUCCGCAACGGAGUCUUUGAGACGAAAAGAGACGCGGGAUGUCCUCACACGGGAGACUAUCACCUCCCGAACGGCAAGCCCGCUGAAGAGAACGAGUGAGAGCCGCGUCAAUGCUGGCAGACGGGGCAAGGAGGAUGGCAAGGCGCCGAAAGCGGGCGCGACUGCUUCCGCUGCUUCUACAGGAGCGAAGAAAGAUGAUUCGCAUGAAACACCAUGGAGUCCCCAAGCGUCGUUGGUACCCCACACAACCGCCCCGCUAGCUUCUCGUGUCUCCAUACCACCGCCCGCUGCGACCGCUCCUCAAGGCCUACAACCGCAACCGUUGCACGAGCUGUCCCUCGAUGCGCAGGAAGCCGCGAUAAUCGAGGAUCUCCUUUUUGUCUUCAUGGGUUUCGAAGGGCAGUACAUUCGCUUCGUUGAUACCUACAAUGCUUUGGAGGAGAAGGAUCGCUUGAUCGGGCCUUCGUUCCGGAUUAUGCCAGGGCUGGACCCGAGCUUACGAGAUUUGACGACAUCCAUGCUGAAGAUGGCCACGCAUUAUGUUGCAGUAGAGGCUUUUGUAGAAGUGCAGAGCAGGGAUGAAUACGGAGCUGUGAAUCAUGCGCUGUGUGCUGCGGUUAGAAAGCUCCUUAAGGAUUAUCUGAUCCUCAUGGCACAACUGGAACACCAGAUGUUGACGAAUGAAACGUUUACGCUACAUGUCUUGAAUCUGCACACGAAACCGACGAGCCAUAUGCUUUUCCAGUUAUACACACUAGGCAUCGAGGUACUGAAAGCCAACUCCGUCCUAGAUGACGACAAGGAUGACUCGCUAGACGACACAGAUAACCUAGAGGAUAUCCUGGAAUCUCUAAAAGAGGGCGCAAACCUCGAUGCAAUCCCAGGGAAGAAGACUUGCAAGGGCGGCCAAGUGCUUAGUCUGGUCACAAAGCGUCUCGCUUCUAUGUCCGGAGACCCGGCCGCCCGACAAUUGCUCACCAAUUUACUGAAGGAGGCCAGUCGUCCAUACAUGACCAUGCUGAAUGAAUGGCUGCACCACGGUGGUAUCAAGGAUCCGCACGCUGAAUUCCUCAUUAAAGAGCAGAAGAGCAUUAAACGAGAAGACCUGGGCAAAGACUAUACUGACCAGUACUGGGAUAAGAGGUACUCUGUUCGUGACAAUCUUGUUCCACCGCAACUCGAGGGCGUCAAGGACAAGGUGCUCUUGGCUGGCAAAUACCUAAACGUGGUCCGGGAGUGCGGAGGAGUGGACAUCAGCAAUGUGGUGCAGGACGUGCCUACGACCUUUGAUGAUCCACGGUUUCUGGAGAAUGUGAAUGAAGCAUACACAUAUGCCAAUUCUGCGCUGCUCGAUCUGCUUCUCACUACUCACGCCUUGCCCGCCCGCUUACGGUCUCUCAAGCAUUACUUCUUCCUAGAUCGAUCCGACUUCUUUACCUACUUCCUCGAACUUGGCAAUUCAGAACUGAAGAAGCCUGCCAAGCAAGUGAACCUGGGCAAGCUUCAGUCCCUUCUUGAUAUCGUUCUUCGCCAGCCAGGCAGCGUGGCAGCAGAAGAUCCAUAUAAGGAGGAUGUCAAGGUGGACAUGAUCGAGAUUUCCUUGGCCAACUGGUUGAUGAUGAUUGUCAACGUCCGAGGUAUGGACCAGGAGUCAGCCAGCGGCAGCAUCGUCAGUUAUACUCCGGCCACUCAGUCGUCGUCCAUCAACGACGACAAGGACCUUGUUGGCUUCGAUGCGCUUGUUCUGGAUUGCGAAAUUCCUUUCCCUGUGUCGCUGGUCGUAAGCAGGGUCACCAUCACCCGGUAUCAGCUCCUUUUCCGUUUCCUCCUCUCGCUCCGCCACCUCGAGACCCUCCUCAUCAGCACCUGGACGGACCACAGCAAUGGAUUCGCGUGGAAGCACCAAAGCAAAAACCCGAAGAUCGAGCAAUGGAAGCGCCGAUGUUGGACGCUCCGAGCGCGAAUGCUGGUGUUCGUUCAACAGCUGCUCUACUACUGUACUGCGGAAGUCGUCGAGCCAAACUGGCAGGCUCUGAUGACGCGAUUGGUGUCUGGCAAGCCACCCGAUGCUGCUGAAAAUGGCCCAGCGCAGGUCAAGAGGACUGUGGACGAAGUCAUGCAGGAUCACAUUGACUUCUUGGCGACGUGUAUGAAGGAGUGCAUGUUGACCAACUCGAAGCUACUUAGGAUCAACUCCAAAAUCAUAGCGACGUGCACCAUGUUCAGCAACUUCCAGGCCUCCCUAGCGCGUCACCUCAUCCGUGCCGAUCAAGACUUGGUCACGAUUGCUAUCGCGAAAGGUACUAAGGCAUCUCAUCCCUCAGCGUCUGCUCCCCUGGAGUACGAUCCGGCGCACGUGAGCAAGCUCUUCGACAUCUUGGGCAAGUACGAAGAGAAUUUCACGAGGCACUUGAAGGUCUUGUUGGACACGCUCAACUACCUUGCUGCGACUGAGACGGUCGUGUUCUUGAGUCUGUGUGCGAGGUUGAGCACUGCGCAGGAUGGAGCUGGGGCGGGCCCGGGGGAGAGUGUUUAUGCUUGA